AUGUCUACUGAUUCACAACCAGAGAUUUGUUAUCGUUGUCGAAAGGGACCACCAGAAACAAAAAGAGAACUCUUUCAAUGCAACUAUUGUUCGUUGUUGUGGCAUACGAGUUGUUUGAGUCCUCCAUUCAACCUCGUAUCUGGAAAGGAUUGGAUGUGUCCACAGCAUCAUGAACAUUUACAACCUUCAAAGCAUAGAAGAUCUUCAGCUGCUGUAGAGCUUAAUGACGAAAUAGUAAUGUUUGAAACAGCAGACGAAGUGAUGCGAUAUGGAGGAACAGUAUAUAGUGUACCAGCUAAAACGAUCGAAGAUGAAUUUAUUAGAUAUUCUCGAAGAUUUCGCCGUUAUUCUUCCAAUAGCGCGUUUUAUAUUAACAAAGGGAAUGAAUAUAGUUUGAAUAAUUGUAACCAAACAUCUAUUCAAUAUGGUACAGCUCAAUCAGAUGGUAUACAAAUGCUGCUAGAUGCAGCAGCUGAGGCUGAGCAAUUAUCUAUAAAAGAAGAUGCAGAGCAAAAGAAAUAUAAGGCUAUUGAGGAACUCAUCAGCAUCGUUGGAGAAGACACUCUAAUAGAAAUGUUAUCGAGAUAA